GGUUAAAGGCCUUAAAGUAGAAUGUACUGGAUUACCCAGGUGGGCCCAAUCUAGUCACAUGACCCUGAAAGGCAGAGAAUGUUCUCCAGCUGGAAGCAGGAGCUAUGAAGCAGAACGGGAGGUUGAAGUGUGAGAAGGUCUCUCCUCAGUUGCUGAGUUUGAAGAUGGAGUCCACAAGCCAGAAAUGGGGGUGACCUCUAGAAGGGCCCCUGGCUGUCAGCAGCAAGGAAACGGGGACCUCAGUCUUACAACUACUUGGAAAUGAAUUUUGCCAGUGGCCUCAAUGAGCCUGAAAGCUCCAAGCUGACAGCAGGGCAGAGAAGCAGUCCAGCUUUACUGAACUUCUGAUCUGCAGAACUGUGAGACAAGAAGAUGGGUAACAGCCACGUCACCUGUCUUCCAGCUUUGUGGGCCUCACUUUGAAAGGCACUGGUCUAAAAGACUGGAUUCAGCAAGUUGUCCCAGAUAGUUACUGAGGAGGACAUACUUCAGGAAUGUGCACCAGGAAGAUCAAUACAGAAUAUGAUUCAGAGAGAGCUAAAUCAAAUGUGGAACUUGAAGGAAUAUUCAAGCACUUUAAAGAUGCCGUUUUGCUUUCUGGUCUUCAUUUUUCUGAUGAGAAGUCAGUGCUUUCCCUCUGGUCUGCUUUCAGAGUCUGAUGUAUUUAGAAGUUGGUCUCUCCCUCUAAGUUGGUUCACUCAUCUCCAGGACCUCACAGCACCCACCACACAGGAGGAAGCACUAGAUAUGUCUCGAAAGGCAUGAGCUGGAUCAGCUGGACAUCAACACUGAAACACAUCUCCAGAACCCACAGAGCAUUUACCAAUUCAGUGCAUUCCCUGCAAAAGGGGAGGAACUCUGAUAUUUUGUCAAGAUGAUGAUGUAACAACGAGAUGGAGAGUUCCACUUCCAGUUAUUAACUACCCAGCAUAUUUCAGUUAACUAGUCAACUUUACAUGGAGUGAGAGGACCUGCCUGCAAAAUAAAUCAAGCAGAGAGCAGCAGAAGUGAGAGAUGGAGUUCUAGCAGCAUUGAUUUCCUUAUUCAGUCCAUGAGAUGCAGGCUCAAGCGGUUUUCCUUCGGUUUCAUGAGCCGCUCCAGUGUCCCUGCCAGCUGGAAUGGAGGAGGGGACUGUCACACUGAAAGAGGAAAGCACUCUUGGAACACGGAUCACUCUCACUGCUCUGUUGAUGAUGGAUUGUAGGCGCUAAGGCUGGAAACCAAGAAACCGGUAUCGAGGCUACUGCAAUAAUCGAGGCAAGAGAUAAUUAAUUGCAUAGAACAGGGCAGUAGCAUUCCUUAACAUGUUAAGAAAAUAUAGAAAAUACAGAAAACAGAAGAGGCAGGAAUGCCUCUUCACAGAAGUGUAUCCCUUGCUGCUAAUAUAGUGUAGAGCCAAAAACAGAAAGAGCAGUGGGCUUUUUCAUGCAAGUAUUUUCUCAUCUAAUACCAGCCUUAAUCGCACCCUAUUAAAGUUAAUUCUUGAGCCUUAAGACAACUGGGAACCCAUAUAUUUCCCUUCCCUCUGGUCUGCAGAGUUCUUUAUCAAUUGACACAUUUCAUGCAAGCAGUAAGAAAUGCAAGAACCCAGCAUACCUUUUUUCAGGCUAAAGUUACCAAAUUUAAAAUAAAUGGUAAAUGAUCAUGUUUUUCGUUUUUGGUUGUGAUAACCGGGGCUAAAUCCAGGAAACCUGCUUGUUUAGAUACUGUUGUUUAAUGAGCAUCUGUUGUCGUCCCUAUUGAAAGAUGUAGCUAUGGAUGACUGGGUAGACUCUGGAAGAAUACAAUGAAGGAAAGAGCAGAUGGUGAAUGUGAAUGGAGGGGAGAAAAAGGAGGAGAAUAGAGGAGUAAAAGAUACACAGAUGGUAGCUCCAUUGACCCUGGAGUGAUGCACAAAAGAAGAAAGAGGUAGUCCUUUUUCAAGCACACCCGGUGAUUCCACUGGGCUUAACAGCUGUCCUUUCUUCUUCUGAGAUUUCUUGGUGGACCCAAGUUGCAGACAAUUUUGGUGCCACCUCUGGGGAGGAUUACUGGAAAUCAGAGUUUUCUUGCUUGCGGUGUGAAGAUACUUCUGCAGCAGAGAGUGAGGAAGAAGAUGAAAUUGAAAUGGAAGUUGAAGACGAGGAUAGCAAAGAUGCCAAAAAACCAAAUAUCAUAAAUUUUGACACCAGUCUGCCAACAUCACAUACAUAUCUGGGCGCUGAUAUGGAAGAAUUUCAUGGCAGGACUUUGCACGAUGAUGACAGCUGCCAGGUGAUUCCAGUUUUGCCGCAGGUGAUGAUGAUCUUGAUUCCUGGGCAGACAUUACCUCUUCAGCUUUCUCACCCUCAAGAAGUCAGUAUGGUGCGGAAUUUAAUCCAGAAAGAUAGAACCUUUGCGGUUCUUGCAUACAGUAAUGUACAGGAAAGGGAAGCACAGUUUGGAACAACGGCAGAGAUAUAUGCCUAUCGAGAAGAACAGGAUUUUGGAAUUGAGAUAGUGAAAGUGAAAGCAGUUGGAAGACAAAGGUUCAAAGUCCUUGAGCUAAGAACACAAUCAGAUGGAAUCCAGCAAGCUAAAGUGCAAAUUCUUCCCGAAUGUGUGUUGCCUUCAACCAUGUCUGCAGUUCAGUUAGAAUCCCUCAAUAAGUGCCAGAUAUUUCCUUCAAAACCUGUCUCAUGGGAAGACCAGUAUUCAUGUAAGUGGUGGCAGAAAUACCAGAAGAGAAAGUUUCAUUGUGCAAAUCUGACUUCAUGGCCUCGCUGGCUGUAUUCUUUAUAUGAUGCUGAAACUUUAAUGGAUAGAAUCAAGAAACAGCUGCGUGAAUGGGACGAAAAUCUAAAAGAAGAUUCUCUUCCUUCAAAUCCAAUAGAUUUUUCUUACAGAGUAGCUGCUUGUCUUCCUAUUGAUGAUGUAUUAAGAAUUCAGCUCCUUAAAAUUGGUAGUGCUAUCCAACGACUUCGCUGUGAACUAGACAUUAUGAAUAAAUGCACAUCCCUUUGCUGUAAGCAGUGUCAAGAAACAGAAAUAACCACCAAAAAUGAAAUAUUCAGUUUAUCCUUAUGUGGGCCGAUGGCAGCUUAUGUGAAUCCUCAUGGAUAUGUGCAUGAGACACUUACCGUGUACAAGGCUUGCAACUUGAAUCUGAUAGGCAGGACGUCAACAGAGCACAGCUGGUUUCCUGGGUAUGCCUGGACUGUUGCCCAGUGCAGGAUCUGUGCAAGCCAUGUUGGAUGGAAAUUUACAGCCACCAAAAAAGACAUGUCACCUCAAAAGUUUUGGGGUUUGACCCGAUCUGCUUUGUUACCCACAAUCCCAGACACCGAAGAUGAACUAAGCCCAGACAAAGUAAUACUUUGCUUGUAAACAGAGAUGGUAAGGAUAAAGUUCAAUAACUAUUCUUAACUCCUCAGCUUUGAAAAUUAUUGCCUCUGAUGCAUACCUGAGUAAACAGCAACAUUACAUGGAAGGUGGCAGCUUCUUAGUCAAACUGUAUGUGAAAGUAUGCUAACGGAGAGGGUGAAAAGCAGUCUAGAAUGUAAGGUUGAUGUCAAGAUUAUCUAUAUUAAUAGCUUGGUGCCAUAAUCCUGUGAAAUCAGUUAUCUGGGACAGCAUAUUUGUAACACUGCUCCAAAUGGCAAAAGUUGUGAGAGUGCCAAGCACAAGCAUGUUCCUUUUUCAAGGAGGCAAGUGGGUAUAUGUUAUUUUAAAAGGGCUUUCAACUUUCUUUAGCUUCUUGAUUUGUAAAUCUUGAAAAUAUUAAAGAGUUAAAAUACAGAGUUUGAGUAUAAGUUUUUAUUUAGAAAUAGUAUUUUGUGUAUUUGCUUUGGUGUUUGAUCCUGGGUAGUAUGUUGAAAUUGAACCCAAACUAUUGUGGAGCAGAAAUACCAAAAGAUGCUGCCUCAUGCAGGCUAGAAAUGAUACUGUAUUUUGAACACUGUUCUUCAGUGUAAAUCUAAGAAAAUAGAACUUUAGGAACAAAACUAAGUCAAAUGUUUCCUUAAAAUAUCUACUCACAAGCAUUUAAGAAAAAAUUUUAAGAUUAUAAUUCACUGAACAUGCAACAGUUUUGACUGAUGAAUGUCAAUUAUAUUACAUGAAAAAAUACCUCAAGAAAUUGUUUAAUGUAUGCUCUUGCCCUGUUCACCUCAUAUAGAUCACCUUGCUAAUUCUUUUUUCCACUUGAUUACUACUACUAACAAAUUUAGUAGGCUUAUAGCACUAAUGACUUCACUGGUUGGUCAUAUACUUAAUUAAAACAUAUUCUACAUGGAGUUCCUUUUAGUAGCAAAAUCUAAAUCAGAUGCAGUGAGAAUAUACCUAUGAAAGGUGUAUUCUAUAUAUUGUUUACUGACAUUUAUGUAUAACACUCUGAAAUAGCUAAAUCUGCAUAUUUUCUAUCUAGAGGAUUGCUUAUGCAUUUAAUUACUAACUUGUCUGCAGUGGUUUCUGUAGUUGCCUUUCUAGCAAUUUAGGCCCUGUUACAUUGAGUGUCUGUCAUACUUCCACUGAGCUGGGCUUUAAUAAAAAAAAUACUUUUCAAAACUGUUUUAUCAAGGUCCUAAAUUGUGACUGGCUCACAAAGCAUGAAGAUGCUUCACUAGAUACACAGAAAGGGUAAUAACUACUUACCUGAAAGCAUUUAGGAGCACAACAAUGGAAAUUCUAAAUAAGCAAUGUAAUGCUUUUAAUUACAAUAAAUAUGGAAACGUUUCUUCAAAUAACAGGUUCGAAGUUAACCUUCCAGCCAAUCCCAAAAUCUGAGUUUCCCAGGCUAAAUCCCAAAAUCUGAGUUUCCCAGGCUAGCCAUGCACAGUUAAGGAAACCAAUAAGAGAAAAUAUCCCUACAUACUAAAACAUAGUUUGCGAAAACUAAUCCUACAUAUCAAUGUCAGCCACCUGGGACACAAUUACUAUUCAUAUUUUAUACAGGAUGUUUUCUGCAAAUCCGUCAGCUAUUUUCUUCAAGCACAAGUUUACGCUGGAUUUCAGGUAAGAACUAGACAAAUGUUUCACAUAAUAACCCAAGUUCUUCCAACAGGAAACACCACUUUUUAAGAUCAAUCUUAGUACCGUGCUAUGCAAAAAAAGAAAAAAAAAGCCAAGAUAAAGAGGAAGCCAAGUAGCAAUAUAAGUCAUAUUAAGAGGAGGCAGACUUCAGUCUAGUGCCUGAAAUUGUAUUCUUCUAAGUUGGCUGUUAUUCUGCUGUAUAUUCAAGUCUCUUAAAUCUCACUAAAGGGGAGAAUGAUAAAACUACUCUUACCAAAAAUUUUCCACUUCAGUAGCCAGCUCUCCUCAGUUUAGUUUCUCUUUAUGUAACUCAAAAGUUCAUCUUUUUCCAUUUGGUAACCACUUUUUUUCCACUGUUCUCUCAACUGUUGCAAUAGAGCCCCAAUUUCUUUUCCUGAAGAAAUGCCCACUUUCCUGAUGUCAUGGCCACUUACAGGAAACGGAGGAAUGGACCACUGCUGCAUUUCCUUUAGAAGACGAUGCUCUCCUUGAUACUUCAGUAGCUCACAUAUGCGAGUCGUCGCUUCAGGUUCCCUAGACUAAGUGCCAAAAUCAGACAUUCAGAUGCCACCACACAUUAGAAAGUUUGCUAAUACUCAACCUAAAAUUUAAAUAACAAAUACUGGGUGUGAAAAUCUUCACUUAAAUAAAAUCUCAACAAUAUAAUGAAGCCCUUGCUUUUAAUAAAAUUAAUUCUACAAUUAA